AUGGGCUUCCAAGUAGACACAAUUGCUCCAGGUGACGGCAAAACUUUCCCUAAGCCUGGUGAUACGGUCGAUAUGCACUAUGUUGGAAAGCUUCAGUCGAACGGCAAUAAGUUCGACUCCUCGCGUGACCGUGGUCAACCCUUCCGUACCAGGAUCGGAGUGGGUCAGGUGAUUCGAGGCUGGGACGAGGGUGUGCAGCAGCUGUCGCUCGGUCAAAAGGCCAACCUGAUCUGCUCGCCUGACUAUGCCUAUGGCGCUCGUGGUUUCCCUCCAAUUAUUCCUCCGAACUCGACGCUCGUCUUCGAAGUUGAGCUCCUUGCAAUCAACGGCAAGUCAGCUUGA